GGGCAUUGUGGGUCCCUCUCGUUCUUCAACGUGGGCUCUGGGCACCGACGGAUUUCCUUGCCAUGUUGGGUCUCCGCGUGGCCUCCUUUCUUGGCCGCCUUCUCAGAAGAGCAGCUGCGGCACAGCCUUUCCGCGCCCAGCCAAACGUGUUUCAAGCUUGUUCAUCUUUUGCUACGGGACCCAGACAGGAAGUUGGCACUAUCUAUGAACUUCGUACUUACGACAUUAAGCCAGCAAAGGCAAAGGAGUUCCUUGAAUUGGUCAAUAAAUCUAUUAAGAUUCGUAUGGUUCACUCACAAAUGAUUGGAUUCUGGACAGCUGAAUUUGGAGCAAUGAAUAAAGCAUUUCAUAUUUGGAAAUACGAUAAUUUUGCACACAGAGCAGCUGUAAGGAAGGCUGUAGUCAAUGAUAAAGAAUGGCAGGAAAAACUGGCAGCAAUUCUUCCACUUCUGGAUAAGCAGCAUAUGGAAAUUGCUUACAUGGUCCCCUGGUGUGAAUUGGGAACACCACCAAAAGAAGGGGUUUAUGAGUUGGUGACUUAUCAGCUGAAACCAGGUGGACCAGCUUUAUGGGGAAAUUCAUUCAAAGCAGCUAUUGAUGCACAUGUUAGUAAAGGCUAUGCAAAACUGAUUGGCUUUUUCCACACAGAAUAUGGAUUUCUUAAUACAGUUCAUAUACUUUGGUGGUUUGAGAAUCCAGAUAUCCGGGCAACUGGAAGGCAUAUGGCCCAUGAAGAUGCCAGAGUGGUAGCAGCUGUUCGGGAGAAUGUUCAGUUCUUGGAAACCCAGCAAAACAUGCUCCUGAUUCCUGCAUCAUUUUCACCUCUGAAGUAGCUUUAUUGCAGUUGAAUGACAGCACAUAAAAAUUAUUUUCUGCAACCCUCAUCUGGCAUUUUUAUCUAUAAAGGCAGAUUGAAGGUAGUUUUGAAUAACAGUCAUUAUUUGUGGAAACUCAUGUUAUCCGUCUCAAAUAGAUACUUUUCUAAUCAUCUGCAUAAAAAUAUAUUCAAAUCAUAUGGGUAAAUAAUGACUUAGUACAGAAUAUCAGCACUUAAAUAUUUAAAGCUCAGAAUAAAAAAUAUUUUCCUUCUGGUAUUACACUUAUAUUUAAAUAUCUUAACUUACAAAUAAAACUAAAAACAAACUAAUUAUAAAAUAUAAUAUCCUAAAACUGCUCAGACUUAUGAGUAAUAAAAAGUUGAUGUCACAAUGUUAUUUAAUCAGGAAAUUCUCAUGAUUAAUGUAUAGAUUGCAGUGAGAUCAAGAGAAGGAAGUUUCACUUAUUACAGCUGAAAUGUAUUUAUUUUUGUAUAUUUGAUGAUGGAUCUGAACUUUUUAUGGUAUUUAUUAUUGCACUGUGAUUGAGAUUGUUAAAUGCAAAAUUAAAUAGAUUUUCUGGAUUGUG